UCUGCCUCUGCCUGGGUGGCUGGGUCUCCUUGAUCUUCACCACCACCCACGGCAGGGUCAUCUCGUCACCACCCGUUCUUCCAUCUCAAACUCCGCGCGCCAUUUUCUCCACGCAUUCGAUCAUUCAUGCAUCCAUCCACAUGCCAUCCCUCCUCCUCAUCUCUAAUUCUCUGUGUCUACCUACGUACGCCGGCCAUGGAUCAUGCAUAAAAAGUUUCCUACGUCGAACGAAAACAUCCAUUAGUUUGGUCGCGCGCGCGGCACUAUGGUGAGAACGCCUUCGGCCGUGCUCCUCCUCCUCCUCCUCCUCGCCACGCUGCUCGCGGCGUCCUCCGUGGCCGCCUCCGAGUCCGAGGAGUCCGUGCCGGCCGCGGUCCUGACGCCCGUAACCGACACCCCGCUCGGCUCGUCCGAGGGCGCCGACGGGCCCGUCGCCGCCGCCGACACCCUGGACGACGACGCGGUCGCGCCGGACGUGGGCUCGCCCGUCGGCGCGGCCACCAUGGCCGGGGCCAAGCCGGAACUCCCCAACGCACCACCCGGCUCAAUUGAAGGUGACGAUGACGCCGGCGCCAGCGGCAGCGGCGGCGGUGGCGCUGCUCCUGCGCCGCCCACCAUGCUUGCGGCCGCGGCCGCCGUCGUGGCUGCGGCUGUCGCAACUGCCGGUGUCUUGACGUCCUAACUUUUGUUUUAUUAUAAAGGGGAAAGUGUAGGUGUGCCUGUGCAUGCGUGAGCAGUUAUAGGAAAAGGAAACGAAUACUUAUUAUAUUCUGACAUUUGUGCAGUUUAAUUACCACUUUAGUUAUUUGUCUGUCCUCUAUUUUAUUUUAAGAGUAAAAUGUGCUGCUAGUGCAAAGUGCACCCACGCAUAGAUAUAUGCGGUUAGCUAUAUAUUAACCCCUUACUGAUUGAUCAAUGUCGACAUGUCCUAUGUAGUACCAUUAAUUAAAUCAGUGAGGUAAUAUGCACUACCUUUGAAUGUUGAGCGUUUGCAUGUGUCU